AUGGCCAGCAACCAACCACAAGACCUCACAGAAGAUGAUAUAGACGCCAUGAAGCCUUUCAGGGUCUUAAAACUUCUAGAGGAGUUGGGCGUGAAUGGACUAGAAGAUCUUGAUGUGGACCAAGCCCGCGCAGUACUUAAACAAAAGGCCCUUCCACUCAGGAAAGAGGGCGAAAAAGCAACUAGUCCGGAACAGGUUGCUGAGAUGAUGGCAGACAUAGCCGAGCGUUACAACACCAAGCGGGAACUUCUUCUGCAGCUCUGCCGGAAUACUAUAGCCUAUCUACCUUGCCUGGACCAGAGCGAAAAAGAGAAGCUUGCGAUUCGCUUUAGACGUGACGACGUCAUGGAAAUCUUCGAAGAGGUUCAAGAACACCUUGAAAAGGAUGACUGCCCAAUUCUUGUGGCAGGAGAAACGUCUGCUGGAAAGAGCACCCUCCUAAACCUGCUACUUGGAGACGACAUCUUGCCCGUAGCUCACAUGAGCAGCACCUCUAUCAUUUGUGAGGUAAAGUACGGAGUGACCAAAAGGGCGCUGGUUCAUCUUAGCGAGCCAGACACAGAAACGGGGCAACAUCAGCUCACUCUCACUCUGAGUGAGAACCGUAAAGAGUGUACGGAGCAGCUGGCGCGCUACAUCCACCUGAGGGGAACACAAAGGCAAACCGAACCCCCGGCCAAGAAAAUUGAGAUCUUCUGGCCUCUUCCUUUUCUAAAGGGAGGCGUAACGAUCGUGGACAGCCCGGGAGUCGGCGAGAGCGACGCGAUGGACGACAUCAUAGCGGGGUAUAUCCCAUCAGCCUUUGCGUUCAUCUACAUCAUCGACAGUUACAGGGCCGGCGGAGUACAACAGGACAGGUUCGGACGUCUGCUUAUGAAGUGCAGGGACCAUGGUGCGCGGUCUGAGCUGGAACAGUUCGACCUCAGGAAAGCUAUCUUUGUCUGCAACAAGUGGGACCUGGUACCAUCUAACGAGAGACAAGAGGUGAAGGAAGCAACCAUUCAGGCCCUAAGGGAGAUGUGGGAGGGGCUGCAGGAAUCUCAGGUUUUCACUCAUUCAAACAAGGGAGGGAACUUCGCCAAGGUCUUGGAUGGCAUCUAUGAGCUGCUGCCAGAGAGUCUUGAUCACAAAGUGUCUACUCAGUACAGGUAA